CUACCUUUGACAGUAAUUUUAUGGGCAACCCUCAGCUUCCACAUAUGACCCUCAGCUUUGAUGAUAUCCCCCUCGAAUUAUUGCCUAUAAUCUUUGAUUCUGUAGUCAGAGCUCAACAUCUUGCAUUUCUGUGCUUGGUCAAUAAGUCAUUCUACGAAUUUGCAAUACAAAGGCUCUACCGGCGCGUUUACAUCUACGCAUGGCACACAAAUGCCAAGUCAAAGGUCGUUCUGCUGUUCCAGACACUUUCGAGUUGUCCCCGUCUUGCACAUUACCUUUCACGUCUCGAAAUAAGAGCCUUUCCAAAGGCACUCCCUUCUUCGUCCUAUAACGACCUCUUGGGUCUUUGCACGAGGGGAAUACGGAAUUGUGUCAACCUGACAUCGUGUGCCUGGACUCGAGAUGGUUCGCUGCAAUCGGACAUUCUCCUGGCUCUCCAGCAAUGCCCCAAACUUAAAGAACUCGAAAUCAAUGGAAAGGAUAGCGGAUACUAUGAUCCUAACAUACUUACACGAUUCUCUAAACUGUCUAGAAUAUCACUCAUAAUGCCGAGUGCGCAAGUUAUUGAAGUUCUUCCCUCCUGGAUAUCCAUUACGGGUCCAACCCUUCGGAACCUUACUAUGAUCUGCCAGACAUCGAGUCUAAUCACCGAUACCUUACUCGAAUCGCUCGCUCCUAGCAUGACUGACCUGGAUCAUUUGUCUAUUAUUGGAUGUCCAAAGGUGACGCAUAGAGGCAUUGGUGAAAUUGUAUCAACCAAUCGUAAUGGCCUCGUGGGUAUCGGACUCGAGAGGCUUUCCCCGGCGUUCGAUAUGACCAGUUUCAACCGCAUUUGCAAGGAUUGCCAUGCGUUUAGGCGUCUCAGAUCAAUAACUUUGGCGGUUCAUAAUGAGACACCCUUUCAGACAUGGACGGAUGAUGUAACGGACCUGCUAUCUACUGCGCCGUUACAAAUUUUACAAAUUUAUGCCACGACGCCAACUGCCAAAGUGGUUAUCCCGGACGAUUUUUGGGAAACCAUCGUCACGAUGCAUGGGUCACGCCUCAAGCGAUUUUCUAUUGACCGGAUGACGAUUAGUUUGGGUGCAUUGCAGGACAUAUGUUCCCGAUGCUCGGUUUUAGAGCAACUGUUUGUUGUCACCACGCGGCAUAAUUUGGAUGAAGUGACACGCUGUUUUGCUGCCGCCCAUAACCUCCGCGCGAUUCAUGUCAACUUUUAUCGUGAAGCGAAUGACACAGACGAGCGGUCCAUGAUGAAUGACGCACUGCGCAUCGUCCGACAAUGUCCUACUACAGUGACGCAGAUUGGAUGUGAUACCAGGGUCUGGCACGUACGACGUGAGGUGCGGAUGAACGACAAGGCUGAAUUAUACACCGUACCUACUCUCACUAGUUAUGAGAAUCCGGAUAUACCGGAACAAUUUCUUGUCGCUCGAGGGGCGUAGAUAAACUGCCUACAUGUCACCCGAUACACGAAAAUGAUGCUCAUGAUCUGCUUUUGAAUUCAACAUUGGUAUCCAAACACGAAACUUGGUU